CUCCCGUCCGUCCUGCGCUGCGGUGAGUGCCGGGGAAGGGCCGGGGCGGGCGAAGGGGUCGGGUGCUGAGUCCUGAUGUGAGGGGUGGGCGGCGGGAAGGGGUCAUCCGGCUGCGGCCGGAGCCCGAGCCCGGGGGUUUAAGGGCAGAAAACAAAGUUUCUGCCUCUUGUGCUGUCACGCUGGAGGCUACGGGAUGGAAGGGGAGGGGCUGCCGCCCGGGUCCCCCGUGAACUGGUGCCCCAAGUGCAAAGCCGCGGAGCGUUCCGUGCUGCUGCGGCAGGGGCCGCUGACGGCGAUGUAAUGCGCCUGGGGAAGGAAGGGGCUGUGAGCCCUCGCGUGAGGGCACGCGGCAGGACGGGCGGGGUGAAGGCAUCGCUCGGCACGCCUGGCCUUGUCCUUCAGAGAGGGAUACAGACGUUAAAUGCCGUUUACUUGUUGUAAACUUGAUGGAGGAUCCAUCUGCGUGCACUGACUCGCACAGGAGUCACUGAGGCCUCGGUGCUUCCCUCGGCUCACCAGCACAGAAGACAGAGUGCCUGUUUCCUUCAAGUUAACCCCAGGCUGACUCUUCACUGCAGACAGAUAGUUUGCUAAAGAUGAUGCUGGGCAGAGCAGCUUCUUGCUGGCUCAGCUAUGGAAGGCCACCUUUGUGCUAACUUGAAGACUUCUGUGGAAAAACCUCUGACAACAAGUCCUCCAUCCUGCAUUGCUUUGCUGAAGGUAUACCGAGAGCUUCUGGUCAGUAAAAUCCGACACACCCAGUGUUUGAUUGACAACUUGAUUAACAACGAGUACUUCUCCACUGAAGACGCAGAGAUUGUUGUCCAGUUUCCAACUCAAGCAGAUAAGGUUCGCAAAAUUCUAGACUUGGUUCAAAGCAAGGGAGAAGAAGUUUCAGAAUAUUUCAUCUGUGUCCUGCAGAAAGUCACUGAUGCUUACUAUGAACUUCAGCCUUGGCUGGAUGAAAUAGGUUACCAGCCUUCGGAGAAUAUUUGUAGUAAACCUGUCGUGAAUACAGAUCCAGUUAGCAGGUAUUGCCAAAAACUCAGAUAUGAACUGGGACGGGACUCCAAAUUCGUUCUGUCAUAUGCACAGAGGGAAGAGAUGCUGCUUGAAGAAAUCUACUCUAACAGUAUUAUGGAGAUGGUCAAUUUUACCAAUGAAAGCCUGGGUGAAGUGUGUCAAUUACAAGCCCUUUUUGAUGAUGCAGUUGGGGUAAUAAAUGAAGAUGGAGAGACUAUUUAUGUCUUUGGCGAUGCAGGAAUUGGAAAAUCUAUCUUGCUGCAAAAGAUACAAAGUCUUUGGGCCAAAAAACAGUUGGAUAUAGGGGCCAAGUUUUUCUUCCAUUUCCGAUGUAGAAUGUUUAGCUGUUUUAAGGAAGAUGAAGCCGUAUGUUUGAAAGACUUACUCUUCAGAUACAAUUGCUACCCAGAUCAGGACCCCACAGAGGUGUUCCAUCACAUCUUGCAAUUCCCUCAUACGGUUCUUUUCACAUUUGAUGGCUUUGAUGAGAUCUAUUCCAACUUUGAUCUCAGUAGUGUUCCUGAGAUGUGUUCACCCGAUGAACCCAUGCACCCUCUGGUGCUGCUGGUAAGCCUUCUCAGAGGAAAGCUUCUUAAGGGAUCCAAGAAAAUUCUUACAGCACGGACAGGAACUGAGAUCCAAAGAAAUAUCAUUAGAAAGAAAGUGUUGCUUCGUGGUUUCUCCAACAGUAACCUAAAGGAAUACACUGCCAUGUUUUUUAAAGAUGUGGGACAGCGAACACUGGUACUGAACCAGCUGGAAGCUAACCCCAACCUCUGUAGUUUGUGUUCAGUGCCUUUAUUUUGUUGGAUUAUUUUUAAAUGUUAUGAACAUUUCCAUUCCAUGUUUGACAGCCAUGAGCUUCCAGACUGUUCUGUUACACUGACAGAUGUAUUUUUGCUCAUGAUUGAGGUCCAUCUAAACCGGUCUCUGAAAACAAGUUUGCUGAAGAACAACACCAGGAGCCAAGCAGAGGUGUUCAGAUCAAGAAAGGAAACUCUUCUAGCUUUGGGUAAAAUUGCAUACAGAGGGAUGGGGAACUCUAUCUUUAUCUUUGAGCAAGAGGAGGUCUCAUCAGCGAACAUCUCUGAAGAAGAUUUGCAGUUGGGUUUUCUCAGGACAGUUAAAGGUUAUAGUCGCUGUGACAACCAGUCUACUUAUGAGUUCUUGCACUUAACCCUUCAGUCUUUUUUCACCGCUUUGUUCCUAGUUAUUGAAGAGAGAGUGGGGAAUAAGGAGUUACUUCAGUUUUUCAACGAAUGCUCUUCUGCUGAGGCUGCCCAACGUACUUGCUUUCGUGUUCCUUGGUUGAAGAAACCACUCACAGGGGAGGAUCCUUUCCGAAACAACGAACACUUCCAUUUUACCAACCUUUUUCUUUGUGGCCUGCUUUCCAGAUCCAAGGAGAAGCUCUUCAAACAUUUAGUUUCGCCUGCAGUCAUUAGAAAGAAGAGAAAGACACUCAUCACAUACCUUGGGGAGAGCAUGAAAUCCCAUCUGAAGGGUGUCACUCGGUCCAGGCUUCCAAUGUACAAUCAGGUGCAGGUUCAGCCAAACUUUGUUUGGAUGCUGAGGUGUCUUUAUGAGACUCAAAGUGAGAAAGUGGGAAAGCUGGCUGCGAAACGCAUGCAUGCCAAUUACAUCAAGCUUACAUACUGCAAUGCCUACUCUGCUGACUGCAGUGCUAUUUCCUUUGUCGUGCAUCACUUUCAAAAGCACUUGGCUCUGGAUUUGGAUAACAACAACAUCAAUGACUACGGAGUGAAACAGCUGCUACCGUGUUUUAGCAAGCUUGCAGUGAUCAGGCUCAGUGUAAAUCAGAUCACAGAUCAUGGAGCAAGGAUAUUGUAUGAAGAACUCUCCAAGUACCAAAUUGUGUCUUACUUGGGCUUAUACAACAAUCAGAUCACUGACAUUGGAGCCAAAUAUGUUGCAAAACUUAUUGAAGAGUGUUCAAGCCUUGAAUAUGUUAAGAUAGGAGCAAACAAAAUAACUAGCGAAGGAGGGAAGUGCCUUGCCCAGGCCAUUCAGAAGAGCACAACGAUGUUUGAAAUCGGGAUGUGGGGCAAUCAGGUUGGAGACGAAGGUGCAAAGGCAUUUGCAGAUGCUCUGAGGAACCACCCCAGGUUGACAAACGUGAGUCUCGCAUUCAAUGGCAUCACGACAGAGGGGGGAAAAAGCAUUGCUGAAGCUUUGCAGCACAACGACUCCGUGAAGAUAUUCUGGCUGACAAAAAAUGAGCUGGAUGAUGAGGCAGCAAUGAGUUUUGCAGAGAUGCUGAAGAUCAACAAGAAACUGGUGCAUUUAUGGCUUAUCCAGAAUCAAAUUACAGCCAAAGGAGUGAAGUACCUCAGUGAAGCUCUCAAGGAGAACACAGCCAUUAAAGAAGUCUGUUUGAAUGGGAACCUGAUAAGUCAAGAAGAAGCCAAAGCUUUUGAAAGUGAAGAACGGAUUAUUUGCUUCUGAGCGAAGACUUCCCCAUUUGGACAAGCUUUGUGUUACAGAAACUGCCACACUCGGACUGCAGUGUUACAGAGGCAUACAGAGGCAGUGCUCCUGGCACUGCCUGCUAUCCCUAAUCCUUUUGGUGAGUGGGAAAUUGCCUUGAUAAAUAAUUCAUGUCUGUGCAGUGCUUUGAAGAUGGAAUGCUAAGUGUUAACAGAACAAAUCCAGGGGCAGGUGUGUGCAUUUUGACAACUGAGCUCAGAUUUGUUCUAUAUAACACUGUAAAUAAUCUCUAACUUAUUUAUAUACAUAAAUACACACACACAUAUAUGCAAGAAGAGCUGCAAGAUGCACAGGCUCCGAGAGCACACAGUACUACUUGCCUCGUAAAUGAAAAUGAUAGUCUGAAUGGAAACAUAGACUGCCUCGGAAAGGCUGCAGCGUACCAAUGCUUUCAGCAUGAAUCCUCCUGUGCCUAGAAAUUAGACCCUCAUUUUCCCACUGACUGACAGCAGUUGUAGGCACUGCGUUUUUUUGGAGAAACGGAUACAUGAGGCUCCAAUUACUUUCCAUAAUCUUUUUUCCAUAUUGAAGCCAAUACGUUUUCUUUUAGACAAGCAGAAAACCUCGCUGCCAUUGCUGUAAAAUCAUAAUACAGGCAGUAAAACACUCCUGCCUAACAUUUCCUGAGGGCUGCACAGAAACUGCCACCCCCUGUUCUCACACUGUUUGUUCUGGGGAGAGGGUCUGGAGAUGCAUGUGACAAGUUAAUGAGCGGGCUGUGCGCUGCCCUGGCUCGUGGCCUAGACGUGGUGCUGGUGGUAGUACACCCGUGUUAAGUUGCCUGGCUUCACGGGGAGAAAGGACGACUGAAAACCAAUGGCGUCAGAUGGAAAUCUCUUCUCCCAGCAACACGUGCACACAGAGAUUUGCUUGGAAAGCUUCUAUCUGACCCUCGAACUAUUGGGAAGCGCAAGGCAAGGGGCAUAUAGCAAUAAGAAGACCAGCAAGAAAACGUUAUCCCCCUCCAAAAUAAUUAGUGCUUAGGGAGUGCAACUUUAGGAACCUCAAAAGAAAGCAGUUUAAAGAGAAGCAGGCUGUUUGGUUUUUCAGGUUUUUUUUUUCCUGAUUCCCUUCAUAAAGGGAAUCUCAGAUUCAAUCCCGAUGCGUGUGAAGAACCAAAAAAUGGAGCAGCACUGUCCAUCCUCUGUCCUUCUCCCAUGUUGUCACCCCCAAGAACUUUACAGAACAAUAAUGCUGCUGCUGCUGUCCACACAGAACAUUGGUGGGCUACAAGAAGAACCUCCCAUCGAAGUGCCAAACCCUAUUUCCCAAAUCUGUUGCAAAGACAAACACAAAAGGGUUUCUCCUUUUCCUGCCUGGAAGCAGACCUUUACCAACCCUCAGUUCUGCCCGCACUCUCCAGCUCCCUAACAUAUAAAAUACUCACUGCUUUUCACAAAAUGAACAGUUGAAAAAAAAUUCUACCUAUAUCUAUCUGUAUAAAUAUAUAAAUAUACAUACGAAAA